AUGCUGCCCGCCUUGGCACUGGUCCUGCUGGCCGCCUGGACGGCUCGGGCGCUGGAGGUGCCCACUGACGGCAAUGCCGGCCUGCUUGCAGAACCCCAGGUGGCCAUGUUCUGUGGCAAGCUGAAUAUGCACAUGAACGUGCAGAAUGGGAAGUGGGAGUCGGACCCAUCGGGGACCAAAACCUGCACUGGCACCAAGGAGGGCAUCCUGCAGUACUGCCAGGAAGUCUACCCUGAACUGCAGAUCACCAACGUGGUGGAAGCCAACCAACCAGUGACCAUCCAGAACUGGUGCAAGAGGGGCCGGAAACAGUGCAAGACCCACGCACACAUGGUCAUUCCCUACCGCUGCCUGGUUGGUGAGUUUGUGAGCGAUGCCCUCCUCGUUCCCGACAAGUGCAAAUUCUUACACCAGGAGAGAAUGGAUGUUUGUGAAACCCACCUUCACUGGCAUACCGUGGCCAAAGAGACCUGUAGUGAGAAGAGUACCAACUUGCAUGACUAUGGCAUGUUGCUGCCCUGUGGAAUUGACAAGUUCAGAGGGGUGGAAUUCGUAUGUUGCCCACUGGCCGAGGAAAGUGACAAUGUUGACUCAGCAGAUGCAGAGGAGGAUGACUCAGACGUCUGGUGGGGUGGAGCAGACACAGACUAUGCAGAUGGGAGUGAAGACAAAGUCGUAGAAGUGGCGGAGGAGGAAGAAGUGGCGGAUGUGGAGGAAGAAGAAGCCGACGAGGAGGAGGAUGAUGAGGAUGGAGAGGAAGUGGAGGAAGAGGCUGAGGAGCCCUACGAGGAGGCCACGGAGCGGACCACCAGCAUUGCCACCACCACCACCACCACGGAGUCUGUGGAGGAGGUGGUCCGAGAGGUGUGCUCUGAACAAGCCGAGACGGGGCCAUGCCGAGCAAUGAUCUCCCGCUGGUACUUUGAUGUGACUGAAGGGAAGUGCGCCCCCUUCUUUUACGGCGGAUGUGGCGGCAACCGAAACAACUUUGACACGGAGGAGUACUGCAUGGCCGUGUGUGGCAGCGUCAUUCCUACAACAGCAGCGAGCACCCCUGAUGCCGUUGACAAGUAUCUCGAGACGCCUGGAGAUGAGAACGAACACGCCCAUUUCCAGAAAGCCAAGGAGAGGCUGGAGGCCAAGCACCGCGAGAGGAUGUCUCAGGUCAUGAGAGAGUGGGAAGAGGCAGAACGUCAAGCAAAGAACUUGCCUAAAGCUGAUAAGAAAGCAGUGAUCCAGCAUUUCCAGGAGCAGGUGGAGUCUCUGGAGCAGGAAGCGGCCAACGAGAGGCAGCAGCUGGUGGAGACGCACAUGGCCAGGGUGGAGGCCAUGCUCAACGACCGCCGCCGCCUGGCUCUGGAGAACUACAUCACCGCCCUGCAGGCUGUGCCCCCGCGGCCUCGUCACGUAUUCAACAUGCUAAAGAAGUAUGUCCGUGCUGAACAGAAAGACAGACAGCACACCCUAAAGCAUUUUGAACACGUUCGCAUGGUGGAUCCAAAGAAAGCUGCUCAGAUCCGAUCCCAGGUUAUGACACACCUCCGAGUAAUUUAUGAACGCAUGAACCAAUCUCUGUCCCUGCUCUACAAUGUUCCUGCCGUGGCUGAGGAAAUUCAGGAUGAAGUUGAUGAGCUGCUGCAGAAAGAACAGAACUACUCGGACGAUGUCCUGGCCAACAUAAUCAGUGAACCGAGGAUCAGCUAUGGCAAUGAUGCUCUCAUGCCAUCUUUGACGGAAACCAAAACCACCGUGGAGCUUCUUCCCGUGAAUGGCGAGUUCAGCCUGGACGACCUCCAGCCCUGGCAUCCUUUUGGGGUCGACUCUGUGCCCGCCAACACGGAAAACGAAGUCGAGCCUGUUGACGCCCGCCCUGCUGCCGACCGAGGACUGACCACUCGACCAGGUUCGGGAUUAACAAACAUCAAGACGGAAGAGAUCUCUGAAGUGAAGAUGGACGCAGAAUUCCGACAUGAUUCAGGAUAUGAAGUUCAUCAUCAAAAAUUGGUGUUCUUUGCAGAAGAUGUGGGUUCCAACAAAGGUGCAAUCAUUGGACUCAUGGUGGGCGGUGUUGUCAUAGCAACAGUGAUCGUCAUCACCUUGGUGAUGCUGAAGAAGAAACAGUACACAUCCAUCCAUCAUGGAGUGGUGGAGGUUGACGCCGCUGUGACCCCAGAGGAGCGCCACCUCUCUAAGAUGCAACAGAACGGCUACGAAAACCCAACUUACAAGUUCUUUGAGCAGAUGCAGAACUAG